AAGAAGGAACGAGCCAUACAUCCGCCUUUGGCACAGCAUCCUUCGGUUAAGAUUGGUGUUAUUAGAUAUAUAACAUAACAAUAACAAAAACACACUUAACAGUCAAGCAAAGUACCUUCUAAGCGAGAGAAAAACACCGGAAAAUUCAACGACAUUCGCUUAAGAAAGACGGUAAUUAGUCAUUCAGAUUGAGGCUUCUUGAAAAUAACGCUAUGGCUAAGGUGCAAGUGUUGAAUGUCGCUGUACUGGACAACCCGAGUCCGUUUGGAAAUCCGUUCCAGUUUGAAAUAACGUUUGAGUGCAUGGAAGAUUUGCCGGAAGAUCUGGAGUGGAAGAUUAUCUAUGUGGGCUCAGCUGAGAGCGAGGAAUACGACCAGGUGCUGGACUCCGUACUAGUUGGGCCAGUACCAGCUGGGAGGCACAUGUUUGUGUUUCAGGCUGAUGCUCCAAACACAGGUCUGAUUCCAGAGAGUGAUGCUGUAGGAGUGACUGUAGUCCUUAUAACCUGCACCUACCAUGGACAAGAGUUUAUUCGCAUUGGCUACUAUGUCAACAACGAAUACACUAACAUUGAACUACGGGAAAACCCUCCUCUGAAACCACACUAUUGUCAGCUUCAAAGGAAUAUUUUAGCCUCUAACCCCCGUGUCACCCGCUUCCAUAUUAAUUGGGAGGGCUUGGCAGAGAAGAUGGAGGACUGCGAGAACAUUGACCCAUCCCCAAACAUUGGCAGCAUGCUGCCUCCACUCUCUAUACCAGGAAAGAUGCCACCUCUUGGUUCCAUCCCAGACAACUCCAUGGACUGCAUGUAAGAAUCACCAGAUUGCCCCACUGGACAGAAGCCCCUUUUUAUCUGUACGCCGACUCACAUCUUAACCUCGCAUUUGGAUAACAAGGUCUUGGAAAUAACAAUAUGUGUAUAUUGACUGGACAUUAGGAGGAUGUCUGGACAUGCCAACAGGAACACUUUUAUACGACUUACAAAAUGGGAUGAAGCUGAAAUGUUUAACAGUGUUUUGCUCCACUGAGCUUUGUUUCACUUCGUACAGCUCUACAUGACCAACACCUGCUUUGCUUUACUGUAUUUUUGUCUUUAGUUAGGUCAAUACUGAGCCAGAGAAAUUGUGAUUGUCAUCAGAGUGAAACAAUCAAAGCACAGUAUUUUAAUGUUCAUAAAGUCCUGGCAGUUACAAGUCAUAUUGGUGCAGUAUGUUUGGAGUUCAGAUUGGGCUUUUUAUCUUGUUAGCCUAUUAUGAGAAGUAGUAGUAGGCGAUAAGAGCCUUCAGUUAUCCACUAAAUGUGCUUGUUUUAAACAGGCCAAUGUUCAGAUAUAUUAAAAAGAACAUAAAAGCACAAUGUGUCUGUAAAAUUGCAGAAGUAGGUACAGAUGCCCUAUUGCAGUUGAGAGUUUACAGAGCGCUUAUUCCUUCUUUAGUGGGAAGCCAUAUAUUUCAUUUAUACUUGCUUUAUAUUAUCCUCCUAUUUGUAACAGUUAAUAAAAUGUGUUUUAUGUUUUGCA